GACAGGUUGAAACGCGUGAGAAGAUUUGCUCUCCAUUCGCCUCUCGUUCUCGUCCUCUGUUUUUCUGCGACAAAUAAUUUUCGAAAUACAUCCAAGUUGAUUGUCAUCAGUCCCACCCCGCCUCAGUUUAUAUCGUUGAUCGAGGUGGUGGCGACGGAUAAAUAAUAUGCAGUCUGUUAAACUAGUCCGUGUGCUAUCGAAACCUUCCAAUGUACGACCAGCGUAUGUGGCCGUUGCAAGAUUAUCGACGACUGGAACAAGGCGGAAGGACGAAAACCUGCCGGUAACUGACGGGUCAAUCAACUUGGCUGGACUGAAACGAGGGACUGGAGGCCGCUCCUCCUUCAACGGAGUUGUCGCCACCGUCUUCGGUGCCAGCGGGUUCGUGGGGAAAUAUGUCUGCAAUCGGCUGGGGAAAAUAGGCACACAGGUCAUCGUUCCUUAUCGCGGAGAUCACUACGAUGUACUUCGGCUCAAGCUUGUUGGGGAUUUAGGUCAAGUGCUGUUCUUCCCGUUUCACCUCAGAGAUGAGGAUAGUAUCCGCAAGGCUAUGAAGUACUCGAACGUGGUGAUUAAUUUAAUUGGACGGGACUGGGAGACAAUGAAUUUUAAGUUUCACGAUGUAAAUGUUACUGGUGCUCGAACCAUAGCGAGGUUGGCGAAAGAGUGUGGAGUUAAACGACUUAUCCACUUUUCUAGCUUGAAUUGUGAUCCUCAUCCAAAGGGCGUUAUCUUGAAUGGCGGAUCAGAAUUCUUAAAAACCAAAUAUGAAGGGGAACUUGCAGUUAAAAGUGAGUUUCCAAACGCUACCAUCUUUAGGCCGGCAGAUAUCUACGGCCAAGAAGAUCGAUUUAUGCGAUACUACGCUCAUUUCUGGCGCCGAACCUUCCAAUGGCUUCCGCUGUGGAACAGAGGAGAAAAAACAAUUAAACAGCCAGUUUUCAUCGGUGAUGUAGCUGGUGCUGUCAUAAAUGCCUUGAGGGAUCCCGACUCGGCUGGAAAGACUUAUGACAUCCUUGGCCCGCACCGAUAUCAGUUGUCUGAGCUGGCAGAUUAUUUCUUCAGAUGUAUGAGAAGAGAUGAAGAAUGGGGUUAUCGACGUACAGACUUGAGGUGGAGUCCCCUUUUCCAACUCAGAAUAUCAAUGACACAGAAAUUCUGCAUUGGUUGGCCCAUCGCAUACCUUGGGUGGGAUAAAAUUGAAAGGGAUCAUGUUACUGAUACACCAACCCUUGGAGCACCAAACCUUCAGGACUUGGGGAUAACUCCGGAUGUAGUAGAGCAUCAUGCAGAGUGGGAACUUAAGCCAUACAGAGCCGCUUCUUAUUAUGCAGAGACCCUUGGCGAAUUUGAGAAACCCUCUCCACCUAAGCCAGUUGUGGAGUAUUAAAAAUCUAUCUAUUUUCAAAUUCGUUCGACUUCGAGACAACAAGAAUAAUUUACUAUAACUAACUGCCAACUGAAAUGUUGAUUCGAUUUGAACUAUUAUCGAUUGUUAAUUGUCAUGUACAUAACAGUGAGUACAUCGCUUAAUUCGUAUAUUUAAAAUGUAUAAAUCACAGAGUAAUAAAGAGUGUAGUAUGAAAA